GCCUGCCCUAACAAAAAACAAAAACGUAAACGUAGAAACAAACAAGAUACACUCAGAGAUCUCAACACAAAUUGUGGUUGAGAUCAAGUUUCUCCACACUCCACUUACAUUAAAAGAACUAGUAAACAAAUACUACUGCAAAAACCAUUAACACUGCUUCUUCCUCUCUUUGCAUCUCUGUCCAAUAUCUCACCGCAAACAGAAAAGGAAACAAGAACUUCGAUCCAUAUUUAGCCUCUCUUUUUUCAUGCAAUAUUAAACCACGUAGGGCUUUACAGCACCAUAUAGUUUAUCUAAUCGUGGGGAUAUAAUAUAUAUAGCGUGCACUUUUAUUUAACUUUCAGAUUUUUUUUUUUUUUUAAUUUUCUUUAUACGCAGCUUUGAGUUUUUGAAUUAAUGUUAGCUGUGUCACCUUUGAGAAACACAACCAAAGAUGAGAACAAAGGAGAGAUGGAGAGUUUUACUAUCGACACACAAGAGUUUCCCGAUUUCUCAGAUACGAACUUGCUUGAUAGUAUCGAUUUCGACGAUCUUUUUAUGGGCAUCAACGAUGGUGAUGAGUUGCCGGAUUUGGAGAUGGACCCCGAACUCCUCGCUGAUUUUUCCAUUAGUGGCGGAGAGGAAUCGGAGAUUAACACAUCAGUUUCUGUGGAAAAAGUUGAGGAUAAUUUGAAAAGAGAGGAGGAAGACAAGGUGUCAGGUUCAGGUUCAGUGUCGAGUAAAGGAGAUCAAGAGAUUGUGAGUAGAAGAGAGGAGCCUCCUUUGAAAACCUUCACUAAAGAUCAUGGAGAGAAAGGAAGAAAAUCAUCGGCACAAGCCAAGAACAAUAAUCAAGGCAAGCGAAAAGUGAAGGUGGAUUGGACGCCAGAACUGCACAGGAGGUUUGUCCAAGCAGUGGAGCAGCUGGGAGUUGAUAAGGCAGUGCCUUCGAGGAUUCUAGAGCUGAUGGGAAUCGAUUGUCUCACUCGCCAUAAUAUUGCUAGCCAUCUUCAAAAAUAUCGGUCACAUCGUAAGCAUUUACUAGCACGAGAAGCGGAGGCGGCAAGCUGGAGUCAGAGACGGCAAAUGUAUGGAACCGCCGCAGCUGGAGUUGGAAAGAGAGAGAUUAACCCUUGGCUUGCACCCACACCCACAAUAGGUUUCCCUCCCAUAACUCCCAUGCACCACCAGUUUAGACCCUUACACGUGUGGGGUCAUCCCACCAUGGACCAAUCUGUAAUGCACAUGUGGCCUAAACAUGUAGGCCAUUCACCACCGCCGCCGCCUCCACCAUCAUGGACUCAGCCACGCCCUCCUCCACCUCAUAUUGACCCUUCAUAUUGGCACCGCCAUCAUCACCAACGAGUUCCAAACGGACUAACCCCAGGAACGCCUUGCUUUCCACAGCCACUUGCAACUACGGGAUUUCCUACACUACCGGUUCCAGGCGUCCCACCAUCCCAUCAUGCCAUGUAUAAAGUAGACCCCGGAAUCGGCGUUCCGACAGCACCAUCAGGCCCCAACCCUCUCGUCGAUUUCCAUCCGUCGAAAGAGAGCAUAGAUGCAGCUAUUGGAGAUGUUUUAUCAAAGCCAUGGCUGCCACUUCCUCUCGGCCUGAAACCUCCAUCUCUCGAUGGUGUGAUGGGGGAAUUACAACGACAAGGAGUCCCAAAAAUACCACCCAGUUGUGCUUGACCCAGCCCUUGCAGGUUUACUGGAACAUCCCUUAUUAUAAGGGCUCGUUCAAUUAAUUGGUGGAUAUCAGGACCCUCAAAAACCAAAAAUUCGACGACAUUUCUUGCCUUUGAUGUAAAAAUGAUCUAAUCUGCGAGUCUUUCUUCUUACUUUUCGCCUUUCUUUGUAGCUAUUCAGUGCUGCUGCUCCUGUUUUCUAGCAAGCUGCUCACUCGAUGUGUUAUAUUAACGCUAAUAGUUUUGUAACAGUUUUAAGAAUAUGAGAUGAUAAUACCUUGAGGACUUUCAUGCAUUUCCACAGUUGACAGUUACUAAUUGAGAAUUUCUUAUUUAUUUGAUUGAGAAGGUGAGAUAGCAUAUAGCCUAGAUAAGGGAAAUUAC